AAUGUCAUGUUUCUUUUCGUUUGAAUUUCAUUUGAGCUAUUCAGCAAUUUCCUUUAAAUUAUACUUUAUACAUGCAUUACAUCUCUUGAAAAUGUUGCUACUCCUAAACAGCUUGCAUCACAUCCUUCCAUUUUCACAAAUGGCAUCUCCUACACAACAAGAUCUUAAACUUAUUGAACAAACUCUAAUUAUUCCAUCAUCUACAGCAACAAUUUCUCUUCCUCUCACAUUCCUUGACUUGCCUUUAGCUGGUCCAAUCUAUGUUAGACGCCAAUUCUUCUAUCACUUUCCUCAUUCAACAACUCAUUUUUGCAAAACAACACUUCCAUCUCUCAAACACUCUCUUUCUCUUACUCUUCAACAUUUCUUCCCUCUUGCUGGAAAUCUAAUCUCUCCACCACCACCCCACAAACCCUUUAUCCUCUACACUCAAAAAGAUUCUGUCACCUUUACCGUCAUCGAAACCUCGGCGAAUUUCAACCAUCUUUCAGCCAAUCACCAUCCCAAAAAUCUUAAAGACUAUAAUCAUCUUGUUCCAAAGUUAACACACAAAACAACCUAUGAUGAUAAUGACAUUGAAAAUAACACAUUCAUUUUCCCUUUGUUGGCUUUGCAAGCUUCUGUUUUCCCUAACCAUGGUCUUUGCAUUGCAAUCACAUAUUGUCAUGUAAUGGAUGAUAGUUGUUGUAGUCAUUUCAUGAAAUCUUGGUCUUUUAUGCAUAGAAAUUGUGAAGUAGUUGACUUGAAGUCAACACCUUGUUUUGAUAGAAAAAUUUUUAGGGACCCAAAAGGGCUUGAAAAUGUUUUCUUAAGAGAUUAUUUUGAAGAAAGAAAAACAUGGAAAGAGAAACUCAUUGGUCAAACUAGUGAAGAAGAGUAUGUAAAAGCAACUAUUGUUUUUGCAAAAGAGGAAAUUGAGAGAAUGAAAAUAUGGGCACUUAAUCAAUGGAAGAAAAAUGAUCAUGAAGUUCAAGCGCCACAAUUGUUAUCUAAAUUUGUUGUAACUUGUGGUUUCAUUUGGUCUAGUUUGGUUAAAACAAGAUAUAGAAAUGAAAAUGAUAAUGAUGAUGAUGAAAAAGAAGAGUAUUUUCGUUUUGCAGGUGAUUGUAGAGAUAGACUUGGGUACAAAAUACCAGAGGGGUAUUUUGGAAAUUGUUUAACAUUAUGUCAUGCAACUGUGAAGAGAAAGGUUAUGAAGGGGGAAGAUGGUUUUGUGAAUGGUGUUAAAGAAAUUGAAAGGGCAAUAAGUGAAAUGAAAAAUGAACCUUUUAAAGAUGUAGGAGAAUGGAGGGAUACAUUUAAGAAGAUGUAUGAGGUGGGAAGUGUAUUGUUGGUAACAGGAUCACCUAAGUUUAAUGUUUAUGAGACUGAUUUUGGAUUUGGUAGACCUGUUAAAGUUGAAAUGGUGCAUUCGUUUAAGUGUAUGUCUAUUGCUGAAAGUGGAGAUAGAGAAGGUGGUCUUGAGGUUGGGUUGGUGUUUAAAAGUGGAGAAUUUGAAUAUUUUUGUGCUGUAAUUGAACAUGGACUUGAAGCUUUGAAAUGCUAACAAAGGUGCUACCAUUGUCUCUUAAUUAGUUUAUGCGUUUUUUUUUUAUUUUGAGAAAUUCUUUUGGAACACUGUUCUAAACAAUCGACAAUGUAUAAAACUACAGCCCAGCUAAACAUUUGUAUCUCUGAAUUGUCAUCUCUAAUUGACUUUCAGAAUCUUUCA